CAGCACUUCAUCCAUCUUCCUCGAUCUCGUACAGUAUUGAGCCAUCCAUGACAAGAAUCACAUGACCGAACAGCCCGUGGCGAUCCCAUCCAACAUUUAUCAUGGGCGAAUUUCCCGUUCUGGACAGGUUGGAUGGCUUGGAGGGGCAUGUUUUCGAGAAACCAGUCAAACGCAUCCAUGAUGGCACAGAUGUCACCUUCUUUUUGACCUCUACUGCAUACCGAGACAUCAUGACUUUUAUACUACAGUUGAAUCGAUCCGUCUUACCACGAAAGCAUGAUGUUGAUGGUGCCAUCAAAACGACCACCUGGCCAUUGCAAUCCAAAGACGUCACAUUCUCCUUUCCUAUUCAAUCGAUACGAGCUCUUUUGAAUAAAUUGAUCGAUCUGGUCGAUGAGGUUCCUCCAGACACUGGCCCCAGGCGAUUUGGCAAUAUCAGUUUUCGCAGAUGGUCGAAACUGGUAGAAGACCAGAUAGAUGAUCUUCUCGCCGAAUACCUCCCAGAGGAGUUGAAUUCUGCCUUUGUCGAAUUGGGCCCAUAUCUCCUGGGCAGUUUUGGAAGUCCUCAACGACUGGACUACGGAACGGGUCAUGAGCUUAGUUUCAUUGCAUUUCUUGCCUGUCUUUGGAAACUGGGCUUUUUCUCGGGAGCGCAACCGGGUGUCGAGGAGAGGAGCAUUGUUCUUGGUAUCUUUGAACUUUACUUGUCGCUCGUCAGAAAGUUGAUCAAGACCUACACACUCGAGCCGGCGGGCUCACAUGGAGUCUGGGGAUUAGAUGACAAUUCAUUCCUACCAUACGUCUUCGGAUCUGCGCAAUUGGCGCCAGCCAUCACCGAGACCGACGAAACUCCGAUAGAAGGAUCACUCCCUGACGCCCCCGAUUCCUCAUCUGUCACCAAAGCAAACCUGGUCGACAAGGAGAAGGACUCAAACAUGUAUUUCUCGGCAAUUGCAUUCAUCUAUGAUGUGAAAAGAGGACCAUUCUGGGAACACAGCCCAAUGUUGUUCGACAUAUCGGGGAUCAAAGAUGGCUGGGGAAAGAUCAAUAAGGGGAUGAUCAAGAUGUACAAUGCAGAGGUCUUGUCCAAAUUCCCCGUAGUCCAACACUUCCCCUUUGGGUCGUUGUUUCGAUGGGAGAAGGAUCCCAAUGCAAAGCCUCCACCAUCAUCGACACAUGCUUCUAGCCAACCUCUACGACAUCCGACCGACACCCACGCGCCCAGCGCCGUCCGGCCUGGCGCGUAUCCAUCUAACGGCCUUGCUGGAUCUCCUUCUACAGCGGCUCCUUGGGCAAGACCAGCGGCUCAGGCGCCCGCAGGAUUUGUCAACGGCGUAACUCAAGCACCGUGGGCUAGCCAAAGCCGUGCCGCUCCACCACCAAGAGGAGGAUUCGUCCCUUCGCAGCGACGUCCAAUGCCGGCGUUGAACGAACUCUCCCGAGGUCCAAACUCGUCCAGACCGUAAUGAACACAGCUGCAAGCGCAUGCAGAAAAAUGGCAUCUGUUAUAUAACGUGUGUAUGACUAUGAACCAGAUAUAAACAUGGACGAAACAGUCCGG